AAAAAACCCUCGUGUUACCCAGCCACUCCACCCAUCACCCUCUUAAAGCGCCAGUGACUCGCUCGCUCGCUCUCUCAUGGCAUCCUCCUCCUCCAAAGAAGUGACCCUGAAACUGCUAGUCGACACGAAGAACAACAAGGUCCUCUUCGCCGAGGCCGGAAAGGACUUCGUCGACUUCCUCUUCACCCUCCUCUCCCUCCCCGUCGGCACCGUCGUCCGCCUCCUCACCGCCAAAAGCAUGGUCGGCUGCCUCGGAAACCUCUACGACAGCAUCGAAAGCCUGAGCGACACCUACAUGCAACCCAACCAGAGCAAGGAGGUUCUGUUGAAACCCAAGGCGGCGGCGUGUUCCACGGAGGCUUCUCUUUUUCUGACCGACGACGACUCCGCUGCUAAGAAGGUUUACAUGUGUGGAAACUACCACCGGUACAUUGCUGAUGACCCGCGAGCCAUUUGUCCCUCCUGCAAGCUUACUAUAUCAAUCGAGGUGCCAUUUGUUGCCCCACAAGUAGCCAAUGAUGGUUUAUCCAGUCAGGGAGGCUAUGUUAAAGGUGUGGUAACAUAUAUGGUAAUGGAUGAUUUGGUGGUGACGCCCAUGUCCACCAUCUCUGGUAUUGCAAUGCUUAGCAAGUGCAAUGUUACAAAUGUUGGAGCUUUGGAGGAGAAGGUGGUGAGUUUUGGAAUGGAUGAGGGUUUGAAAUUACUUAAAGCAUCUUUACAGUCGAAGACAGUUUUAACCAGUAUCUUUCUUGACAAGAAGGUGGCAGUGGCGGCAUAGCUUGGAGAUUUUCUUUGGUGAUAUUUGACUUCCAGCCUAGUUAAAAAGUCCGAUGCGUUGUUUUGUUCUCUGUGGGUUUGUAAUGGUUUUGACUAGGUUGCAGAAGUCACUCUUUAAAAUGCUCUGUUCUUAUGAAAAACUUUCCACUGUUUCUGGGCAUGCUCCCUAUCAUAAAAUUAUGCCAGACUUGCG